AUGGUGUCUAUAUAUCCCCCUUCCUCCCUCAUUCUCUUGGUCACCCUUCCUUGUUCUGCUGUGGCGCCCUCCUGCCGACACGCGCGCGCCUUCCCCGCGGACGACUGCUGCCCACACACACACCACACACACACACACACGCCAUCCCCACAUGGAUGCACAUUUCAGAACAAUAUCCGUUUCUCGCGCGUAUCCAUAGCACAUCACACAGCUAUCUUGUUCACACUCGCCAAGGCUUUUCCCCGGUUCAAUAUGGAGAAACUUGUCCGUGCCAGUAUGAACUACACCAUCUUCGGCUUGGCCUCUGGUGUUUACUGGCGCGAGCUCACGAAGCACCUCAAGUACAUGAGCAACGGUACCUCGCAGCUGCGUGUCAUGCACACCCAUUGCUUCGCCCUAGGCAGCUUCUUUUUCUUGUUUGUCCUCCUCUUGGAGAAGUGCUUUGCCCUCACCAAGCAGAAGAACUACAAGAAGUUCUACAUCACGUACAAUGUCGGUCUCGGCAUUACGCUCAUGAUUAUGAUGAUCCACGGCACCAUGACCGUCAUGGGAAAGGAUCAGAACAGCCGUCUCAUCUCGUGGACCGCCGGUCUGGGACACAUCUUCAUGAGCGUCGGCUUCGGCUACUUCUAUAACGUCCUGCUGAGUGCUGUGCGUGCGUCAGGUGACAAGGCAGGCAAGAAGACGGUCACGGCAAGCCCGUGA